UGUUAAAAAUUCAAAACAAUAAAAAAAGAAAAUACAAGAUAAGUUUGUGCGUUGUUGAAUUUGAAGCAUUCGCUGCACACGAGGUAGCAACUUCGAGCGUGUCAUCGUGAAAGCUUCCAGGAUGUUUCCAGCCCGUGGACCAUGUCGCGGUUCCAGAGGAGCGUCUUUCGCUCAGAUCCUCAUGAAGAAUGCUCCUCCGACGCCGACAUCAGGACUGAGCGACCCUCACACGCAUUCAUCCGCCUUGAAUCAUCGUCCUAGCGAAGACCAUUUUAACCAAAAAGUGAAAAGUACAUUUAAACGUGGUUAUGCUUUCAAGCCAUCAGUUUCCCCUCAAUCUCUGAUUGACAAAUACGCCGAAGGCGAGACGAACGCCGUGUCUUUGCUCCAUCAGCUUGCCAACGUUUUGCAGUUCCACCUGGAAAUGAAGGAGACGGUGACUACAGGGAACAUACCAGGGCUUUAUUUUGCCUUCUGUGUGGUGAUUGAUGGGGUCGAGUACAAGACCGGCAUGGGGAUAACGAAGAAGGCGGCUCGGCUUAAAGCGGCGCAGCUCGCUCUGCCGGACCUUCUGCCCACCUUGGAAAGUCUGAAGUCUUUCGUCCCUGAAGCGUCAGAUGUCCCUCCACCACUGCCAGUGAAAGAGGAGCCCUCCAUCUCUGAUAUCCAUCCCUGCAGAGCCAUUCGGGAAACGACCAGUUCAGUGAACCUCCAGAUUCUACAUGCUGUCAGGGAUCAGCUCACGAAACUGAUGAACAGCCACCCAGAGUUCUCUCCUUGUGCCGGCACCACAGCAGCUUUCAUCAUCCAGACCUCCAGCGGAUACGAGGUGGUCGCUCUCGGCACGGGGAGCUUGAAUACCAAAGAGGGUGCCUCGUCAAGUGGACGAAUCGUGCACGAUUCACAUGCAUUGGUAAAUGCGAGGAGAUCGCUCAUGAGGUUUCUGUACCGGCACCUGCUGAUGUUCUUCAACAAAACGGCCAAUCUGACCGAGAAGUCCUUCUUCCAUCAGAGCAGCAGCAGCGGCCUCCUCAGCCUGAAGAGCGGCAUCACCCUCCACCUCUAUGUGAACCAGCUGCCGAAGGGAGCCUCUCAGAUCCAGACCAAGCUGCGCCUGAACCCGCACUCCAUUUUGGCAUGGCAGGUUAACAACGAGAUCAGCCUACACCUGUCAGUGGAGGGAAAGGUGUUCUCAGUUUUCUCGUCAGCCUUUGAUCACUCCGCCUCCACGGUGGUCAGCAUGUCGGCCACAGACAAGCUCACUCAGUGGCAGGUGCUCGGGUACCAGGGAGCCCUGCUCAGCCACUUCAUUGAGCCCAUCUAUGUCCAAAACAUCCUCGUCGGUGACGUUGGCUGCAGUGAUAUCCAUGGCAUGAAGACCUCCGUGAGCCAGCGCGUGGAGGGGAUCACCCCCCAGCUGCCCAUGUUCUACUGCAUGAUGAGACCCCACAUCAGCCUGGUUCCUGCUGUGGCUACCAACACCUCCGACGGAAGCCACUACGGAAUCAACUGGAGCGAAGGAGACAGCUUCCUGGAGGUGGUGGAUGGCCUGGAGGGCAAGACCAUAGAGGAGUCUCCCUUUAAGAGUGGCCCUGCUCUUGCCAGCCGUCUGUGCAAAGCAGCGAUGCUGCACCGCUUCAAGCUGGUGGCCAAAGACGCCCAGAGGCAGGACCUGCUGGCCACAAGCUCCUACGGAGAAGCUAAGCGGAUGGCGAAGCCAUACCAGGAGGCCAAGAAGGUGCUGCGGGCGUACCUGUUGCAGCAGGGCUUUGGUCCCUGGCUGGUCAAGCUUUCUGCUAGUGAUAACUUCAACGUGUGAAUAAAACCCCAUAUUCACUGAGGACACAAAAACUCAAUCAACAUUCCGGAAGUUCACAUUUUUAAGGUUGAGUUAACAAGAAGCACUUGUUGCUAUGGGGCUUACCAUGCUGGUAAUACGUUUCCUAAGGGAUUAAAGUCAAUCCCUGUUUAUUUUAAGGGCUGUGUACCUGGUGAUGAGAGCGUGCACUAUUUAGAUUGUUUUACUGUUUAAAAUAGUAUCUCUUGCUGUUGUGUCUAAGGGAAACAAGCAUCUACAAUAUAUGUUCACAUUUGUAUCCUACUUUUGAACUUCACCUUUAUGGUCCUGAGUGUUCUGAAGUAUGACGAGUCAGUUAUGAUUGUUGUAGAAAAUACUUGAAUUUGAUCUCACUAGAGUUUGUGUUUGUUUUCAUCUCUU